AUGUCCUAUCUCAAGCAGUUCACGCGCAUCCUGCGCGGGUCGCUAUCGGCCACGCCGACGGGUCCCACCUCUGGCAGCACGACGGCGUUCCACCUACCACUGCGCAAACUCGUCCUGCGCUACUCGCAGCACAAUCCCUCCUCCUCGGGACUCCGCACGUUCCUUCUCUCACCCCGAUUCUCCGCGUUGACCGCCAAAUACCCCUCGGUGGAAUUUGUAGUGGAUCAGGCGGGGAGAGAGAAGCAUCCCCUCGCAACAGGUUUCUACGCCGCAACAGAGCACGAUGGGCGAAGGAAAGAUGUAGGUCUGGCGAACUUGGAUGCGAAUCAGGUGGAACAAAAGGUACGACAGGUGGUCGAGAGCAGCGGUAGAAAGGUGAGGAGUUUGAAGAGGAGGACGGUCGAGAGUAAGAGCGAGGGGGCGAGAGGCGUGUGGAGUUGGGUCCAUGGUAAGACGCCGCAGCUCUGA